AUGGGCCGCCUGGGGAGGGAGAUGCUGUCUUUCUUCUUUAUUUUGGUGCCCGUAUAUCUGCAUGGGGCUCUGUUGCAGGAAGCCGGCCCUGCAAGACACAGAAAACCGUUUUUUGAGAAGCUCCGUCGACUGGAGGAGCAGUUUCGGAGGUUCCAAGACGUGACCUUAACACACCUGCAGCGUAUCGCCAGCAACUACAACCUGUCGUACAACAUCGAUGCCCGGUUCCAGAGCCUGGCCCGGGAGAGCCAGGCCGUGGCUCUGGCUGUCAACCAGUCACAGGCCACCGUGCAGGGUGACCUGGGCCACCUCAAGACCUGGAUGCGGAAGACGCAGCGCAGAAGCCGGAAGGUGGACUCCAGGCUGCUGGCCUUGGGCGCAGCCCUGAGCGAGGGUAGCAAGCAGCGCAGCCGGGAGAGGAAGGAGCAGGAGGCACAGAGGGCUGCCCUCUCAAGCCUGGCCCUGGACGUGCAAGCCCUGCGGGACAUGCUGGCUCGCCUGAUGCCCCUCGUCCAGAGCCAGGGCGCCAGGCUGGCCGCUCUCGAGGGGCAGCUGCAGGUGACUGAUCUUGGCACCACUGCUCCAGGGCCGACCCCAGCCCGGCUGCCGGCUCAGCCUGGGCCACCAAGCCCAAGCUCCCCAAAGCCACAGUGGGGCAGGCAGGCGCUCCGAGCUUCACCUGAGCCCAGGGAUCCACCUCAGGACUUCGCUGGCCAUCUCCCAGGGAUGCGAGAGCCGCCAGGCCCAGGCAGCCAGCGGGCAUGGCCCCCUGAGAGACCGGGAGAGAUUUGCAACGUGGGCCCUGUGCUCAUCUUCCCAAACGCCUCCACAGAGAACGUGGUCCUCCUCAGCCCCGGCUUCCUCUCAGGCCUGCGGGCCCUGUCUGUCUGCAGCUGGGUCCGCACAGCCUCCAGCCACCUGGGCACCCUCCUCUCGUACGCCACCGAAGAAAAUGACAACAAGCUGGUGCUGCAUGGCCGGGACUCCCUGGUCCCCGGCUCCAUUCACUUCGUGAUCGGAGACCCGGCCUUCAGGGAGCUGCCCCUGCAGCCAUUGCUGGAUGGCCAGUGGCACCACGUAUGUGUCAUCUGGACGUCCAUUCUGGGCAAGUACUGGCUCCACGUGGACCGCAGGCUAGUGGCCACUGGCUCCCACUUCAGAGAGGGCUACGAGAUCCCUCCGGGAGGGUCCCUCGUGCUGGGCCAGGAGCAAGACAGCGUCGGGGGCAGGUUUGACAGCUCUGAGGCCUUUGUGGGGAGCAUGGCAGGCCUGGCCAUAUGGGACCGGGUGCUGGUCCCUGGGGAAGUCUCAGACCUUGCCACUGGGAAGGAGCUCCCGACAGGCACCAUCCUGACGCUGGCCAAUGCCACGUUGCUAGAUGGAUUUGUGCAGAGGGCAAACUGCACCUGCCUAGAGCUCUGUCCAUGAGGUCUGGCCACACAGGUGCUGUGAUCAU